AUGGUCCUAAGCUCUGCCUGUAAGAAAAAAGGGACCUGAAGGAGGCUGCAGGAGAAAAGGGAACUGCACUUCUCAGUCUCGUGCUAACAGCUGCAAGCCUGAAAUCAUUUGGGGGAUUUUACGUUCACUUCAAUUUUAAACAUGAGGAAGUUCGGGACUGCAGAGACAGUCUAUGAAGUCUUAGGACAGUACUGAUGGAAGGCCCUUUGCAAACCUCCAUUCAUGUGUGCCAUGAAAAUGCUCAGUGGAUGUCAAAAUUACCAGAAAAGCUUUGGGAUACUCCCCUCUUUAACUUAUCUCUUCCAGGUAGUCAUGACACUAUGACCUACUGCUUGGAUAAGAACUCUGCUGUUAGUGGCAAUGAAUCCAAGCUGGUGAAGUUUUUAAAUAAAUGUAUGCCCUGCAUUGUACGCCCUAUUAUUAUGAAGUGGUCCAUAACACAGGUGCUAACUGUGACGGAGCAACUUGAGGCCGGAGUUAGAUAUCUGGAUUUUAGGAUUGCCCACAAGGCUGGCGAUCCAUCUAUGAAUUUGUACUUCGUGCAUAUGGUAUACACAACAGUUACUGUACAGGAUAUUCUGUGGGAAGUAUUAAAGUGGUUGGAAACUCAUCCUCAGGAAGUUGUUAUCUUGGCCUGCAGGAAUUUUGAUGGAUUAACCAAGAAACUUCACUGUCAUCUUAUUAAGUGUAUUAAACAGAUUUUCCAGUGUAAAUUGUGUCCAAGAAAUGUGGUUCCGACUCUGCGGACCAUGUGGCAGCAUGGCUACCAGGUUAUAGUCUCGUAUGAAGAAGAUCUGGAAGUGCUGAAGCACUGUGAGCUGUGGCCUGCAAUCCCAUACUGGUGGGGAAACAAAACUACCACUCGUGCUCUCAUCCAGUUUCUAGAAGCCAUGAAGCGGAUGGGCCGUCCAGAAACAUUCUUCGUUGCGGGGAUUAACCUCACCGAAAAUUUAAGGUACAUUCUUGUACACCCAUUCGGAUCACUGAAGACAAUGACACUCCGGAGUCUUCCAUGCUUGAAAAUCUGGGUGAGGAAGCAGUAUCCAGGACCACAGAAAGAAUGUAUUAACAUCAUUGCUGGAGACUUCAUAGGAAAUGACGAUUUUGUCAGAGAUGUAAUAGAACUUAACGCCAAAAUUAAUCCUCAGUUACACUGUCCCAGCAAAGGGUCUGGAACAAAGAGCAUUUCAUUUGCAGCUCUUUAAAAAAUCUUUGAAAAGCUGAAAGGACUUUGUGUGCAUUUAAUAUUUCCUGGUUUAAACAUCCCAGACUACACAAAGAUCUGGUUAACUUAAACCAGGGAUUUUUAAAAGCUCAUUAAGAAAAGCUCUCUCAAAAUCAUCAGGCUUUCAAAGUCUUUCCUUGAAAAAGGAGAGCAGGAAGAUCUUGUUGAAAUCAUUAUAGAAAUGUGGAAUAGGCAUAAUUUACUUGGGAGGUGCUUAGAUCCUGUAGCAGCUGAAAAUAUUGAAAGUCUCAAGAACUAUUUAAUAUAUGAGCAAGAAGUAGAAAUGUCACUAACUGCACAAAUAAUUCUGUGAUUUUAUUUUCUUUCUGCACAUACUUGCAACCCCAAUUAUCAGUAUUUUAUCAGUGUGAAACUAACUUGCUGUUUUCAUGGUUUGUAUUGAAUAUACAAGUGAGCAAUUGAAAAAAAUUUUUUUAACCUAUCAAAGAUACUGAUAUUCUUACAUGCCACAAUCUUUAUAUGUAUAUCAAUCUGGAGAUCUAGUAUUAGCUGUAUCAUGUGCUGAAUAUCAGUUGUGAACCAUUUCACCAGCAUGGUAGUCACAACAUUCCUACUAUUUUUAAGAGAUGUGUAACAGAACACUUUGUUCUUGUUAUCAUCGAUGCCAGUUCUGCCACAGCCAGACCCAUGGACAGUUUUGUCUGCUGCAGUAAAAUGUUUUUAUUUUAGGAGCUGCAAAAACACCUCUUACAUUAGAAAUUAGUUUCAUAUGUGUCUGCUUGAACUUAGACUGCUCUAAAAAUACAGAUCAUUGGAUCAUCAUGCUUAUGUGAGGUUUCAUGACUGAUCUUCCUUUAUUUACAUAUUUUUGUAGUACUAUAGUUUUUUCCUCUUGAUAAGUAUUCUUUACUUGCUUAAACACUGUUUUAUGUAAAUUAAUUCUAUUUUUCUAAUUUUUAAAUGAACUGUGCAAUAACAGAUGAUCAUGAAGGUAAGAGAAAGGACAAAGAUCAGGGCUAACACAAAAGAGGCAUUGUAUAAAGUUACUAUGCAGCGUCAUCACCAUACCUCACUUUUUAUAUGCACUUUACACAUAGAAAUUGAGUUGAAGUGUCUGGCAAGAUGUUGUGUUUGCAGUAGGUAGCUGCCUAACUUCCAAAUGGAUUGCUACUUGAUACCAGAUCAAAGUUACCUUUCACUUCUAGGGAUGAAAGGCAAAGAUGCUACCUCUUCAUGCAGUCUCCCACAAUUGCAGACUAUGUAGGAGUGAAAACCAAACAUUCCACUUAGUUAGAAGACUUUCUAAAUGCUUAUUUACAGUUGUUAUUUACAGCUGUUUAUGCUUGAUCUCACUUGUGUUUACUUCAUAUAGAGCAGUCAUUCAGUUUGGUUUUUUAAAUAGCCUCCACAUGCACGAAGUGCUGUUCUAACUCAGAAUGUUUUUCUGCCUAUCUUUUGUACCUUUCAAGUGUCUUGUCUCUUUACCUAAUAAAUCUUUUUUUGUGUGCUAAAGACUGAAAUACAGUUUUGUUUCUCCUUUCAGUAAUACUGACAUUUUUUCUGUAAGAAUUGACACAGUAGUGGGUAUUGUGGAUGAAGAUGUUCACAGCUCACUUUUCACUUUAUUACUUGCUUAAAUAUACACAUCAGUGUUGUUUCUGCUUCACUGCAGUAAUAAAUGGCAUUUAUUUAAGUAAAUAUUCAAGCAGAAUACGUGGAAAUAUCUCUAUUAUUUAUAUACAGGCAACAGUGUUUUCUUCAGUAACUUUCAUUUUUUGAUGACCAAGGGACACCUUGUCUGUAACAAAUAUUUUAUUCUGAAAAAUGGGAUUAAAGUCUUUAUGUGAUGUAGUAUUUUCCUGAAGGUUAACUUAGAUGCCAUCCUGUGAUUCCACAUUUGAGGUUCAGAGUCAAUAACUAUUCCAACAUAAAAAUUACUGCUAUUCUUGCUCUUGCUGCCAGAAUGAAGCUCAAAGCUGUUGUUUUCAAACAAAAGUUUUCUGAAUCACUGUCCAUUUCUACAAUGUGUCGAAAGCAUCAGCUGGUUAAGAAAUAAACUCUCCAGCAUCCAGGCCACUAGCUUAAUUCCAGUCUUCUUAAAGAGAUCAGUGUCUUUUUUGACAGAAGGAUUUCAUGCUACAAAAAUCUUACUGCUAGGAAAGAGGUUUCUGUAUCUGCCAAAAGCAGAGUCGCUGAUGAUCACCUUCACCCUGGCUGUACCAUCAUCAGGCAUGACGUCCACGUCCUGAACCGUUGAUUCUUUAUAGAGCCAACUGUAAAGAUGAGUGUGUAUUAGCAUCUUAAAGGUAUCCUGUAGUGCACAAAAUGUGAUCUUUGUUUUUGGUCUACGUGUUCCAAUCUAAGUAAUUCAACGCCAUAAAAGAUGAAGUUCCUCACUUAACUUUUCAUUUGCUACUUGCUGUUUGGAAAUAAAAUACAGUAUUUACAUAAA